AUGGGUCAGCUACCCGACAUCCGUACGGCUGGGUCCCUGCAGGUAUUCACUUCAUGUGGCAUCGACUUUGCGGGCCCAUUUCAGACCAAGCAAGGGCGGGGCAGAGCCCAGGCAAAGCGCUACCUAUGCCUGUUUACCUGCCUGGAAACGAGAGCCUGCCACCUGGAGUUGGUAUACUCUCUGGAUACCGAUGGUUUCCUCUUGGUUCUGACCCGGUUCACCAAGCGGGGCGGCACGCCCCAGCAGAUAGUGACCGACAACGGUACGAAUUUCUCAGCAGCAGCCCGUGAGUUGCGAGAGGCAGUGGAGCAGCUUGACCGCCGAGAGAUUGCCCGAAGCCUGGCGGACAACCGAGUGAGAUGGCGGUUCAACCCUCCUCGCGCGCCACACUUUGGUGGUGCAUUCGAAGUAAUGAUCAAGGCCGCAAAGAGAGCCCUAUACUCGACUCUUGCCAAAGCCGACAUCACCGAUGAGGAGCUGCACACGGCAUUUGUCAUUGCCGAAGAGCUAAUCAACUCCCGCCCGCUGAUGCCACUGUCUGCAGACCCCGAGGAUCCGGAAGCCCUCACACCACAGCAUUUCCUUGCUGGCCAAUGCAGCCCUCCACUGCCUCUUGAGCUGGCCGCAGAUGCAAGGGACCGGGUACACCCCCGAGAGCGCUACGUCUUAGUUCAACAGCUCCUGAAGGAAGUGUGGACACGGUGGCUCACGGAGUUCGUGCCAUUGCUCAACGCUCGCAAGAAGUGGCGCCGGACGCAGAAGAAUGUGGAAGUUGGAGACGUCGUACUAUGCAUGGAGCCUGACACGCCGCGCGGCAAGUGGCCCAUGGGCAGAGUGUGCAACACGUUCCCCGGCCCUGAUGGCUGCGUCAGAGUAGUUGACGUCCGCAUGCGUGGCAAGACCUACCGCCGAUCCAUUCACCGGCUCAUUCCAAUCCUCGAUAUGGCGGAUAAUUGA